CGACUGCAUGAGUGUGGGAUGUAAUUUGCAUUGCAAAAGGUGCUCAGUCAAAUGGUCAUCCUUUGCAUCAUUUACCGUGAUGCAAAAAGCACCAGGUCAGGAGCGUCGGCUAUUUCCACAUUUUCUCGCGAGACUUGCCCGCUAUAGACAUGGAGACGCGAGCUGCCUGAAUUUUAGUUCUCAUUGCUGUGAGAGAACAGCACCGCCUUGCAUGAAGCACCCUUGCUGUGCGUUUCAUGUGCUUUUUAAAGAGGUAAAGUGACGAUAUAGUGCAUGUGAGUGAGGAGGUUUGGAGCUGCAGAUAGGCGCAUUGAUCGCGAGCAUGGGCGGCGUUUCCCGUCUGUGUGCGUCCAGAGGAAAGAGAAAGCUUCCAUAUGGGGGGAGAGAGCUCGGGGGCUCCAUGCACACUCAGGAAACAAGUCGACUGCAUGCAUGAAUAAGCUUUCACUGCUGGAGGUUUAAUCACCGAGUAAAGCCAAUUCUCCACCCCGCUUUCUGCUCAUGUCACCGGGAUGUGUUGGAGCAUCCGGAGGUAAGUGAUCCAUGAACCCGGGCAGCGACCCUCUCCUCCCGGGCUGGAGAAGGGCCAGCAGGUCGGGUCAGGCUCGGCUGCUGGAGGACUAAAUGAAAGGGGAUGUUUUGAAGGAUCAGCCUGCAUAUCUCAAGGAUCAAACAUGUGCGGACAAAUCAUGGAUCUUCAUCAUCCUCAUCAUCAUAAGUUAGCUGGCUGGCUCUAGGUUAGGCUGCUGACUUCUAGAUGUCCCGCCUCCCCUCAGGUGAGACAGAGGCACACAAACACUCUGACCUCCACCUGUGUCCACCGACAUGGAUAAACUCACCGUGAUUUCAGGAUGUCUCUUCCUCGCUGCAGACAUCUUUGCCAUCGCCAGCAUCGCCAACCCGGACUGGAUCAGCACUGGAGAAUCAGCUGGCUCUCUGACUGUGGGUCUGGUUCGUCAGUGCCAGACCAUCCACGGCAGAGACCGGACCUGCAUCCCCCCACAGCUUCCCCCGGAGUGGAUCACCACACUCUUCUUCAUCAUCCUGGGCAUCGUCUCCCUCACCGUCACCUGUGGUCUGCUGGUGAUGUCACGCUGGCGCCGCGAAGCUGCCCGAUACGCCCGAUGGAUCGCCUUCACAGGGAUGGUCCUGUUCUGCAUGGCUGCCCUCAUAUUCCCCAUCGGCUUCUACAUCAACGAGGUUGGAGGACAGCCAUAUAAGCUCCCCAACAACACGGUGGUGGGCUCCUCCUACGUCCUCUUUGUUCUGUCCAUAUUCUUCACCAUCGUGGGACUGCUGUUUGCUGGGAAGGUGUGCCUGCCCGGCUGAAAAACUCUCCUCUUCUUUUUGUGUCUUUGGAGAAACUCCACCAUCGGAGGCAACUUUUGUGACUCUUCAUGGCAGUGUUGGAAGCAUCGCUGAAGUUGAACAAAACUGAGAAACACCUGUUUGUGUUUGUUCUUUGGAUGAUUUGUCACGAUGCCUGUAACUGGAGCUGAAAUCAUGCCAUCUGUACAUCUGUUUGUUCAGAGACUGAGCAGAGGCAGAGAGCUCUGAAACAGCCCUUAUCAUCAUCAUCAGUCC